UAUAGAACAAGGACGGUUCCAUCUAAUAACUUGGUGAAAUGUGAACAGUGGUCAAACUGAAUGAUGGGAAUUGUGCUAUAGAAAUUGGGAAGGAUUUAUGGAACUGAGACCAGCUGCUGACAACCUCUUCUCUAUUAUCGAUCUACCUUGUCCUCUAUCACAGGAAGAUCUGAAGCCAUCAUGGCUACCCCACAAGUGGUAGAGUUUCCCAGAAUCUUUGGUGUUCAUGAUUCUCAACAAAUGGUGUGGAUCCUGAGAGAAAAUUCACUAAUAGCAACUCCUUUUAGCAGCAAUGUCAAACCUGUCAGUCUUGAUUUAAUAACAUGUACAGACAAAGAAUUUCAUGAUGCGGGGAAAGGCAAUCCAGUUUACUUGGGAAUCAAGGGCAACCAUCUUUGUUUCUUCUGUGCAGAAAUUCAGGGCCAGCCUACUCUGCAGCUUAAGGAGAAAAAGAUCAUGGAUAUGUCCAAGGAGAAGAAAGCACAGAAGCCCUUUCUCUUUUUCCAUAGUAGGGAGGGCUCCACAUCUACCUUUCAAUCUGUUUCCUACCCGGACUGGUUCAUAGCCACUUCCAAAAUGGCAGGGCAGCCUGUAAUUCUCACCAAGGAGAGGGGCAAAAAUUACACCACUAACUUCUAUUUAGAGCCUGAGGACUAUAUUCAGCCUGUGAGAGGCUGA